AUGAGCACCACGAACGGCACUACGAACGGCACCACCAAUGACACCGGUGACCAAGGCAUGCUUGCCUACGCCGCUCCCUCCUGGUUCCAGCCUCACAACGCUCGCCAGGCCAUUCGUGAUGCACAUGAGAAAAGGAUUCCUCCCAUGCUUUGCGUCUACUAUGGCAUCAGCUCAAUACCCGUAGCUAGGUUGUUAGCGCCGUUCGGUUUCGAUGCCGUGUGGAUCGACUGGGAACAUACAUCAUGCAAUGUGGAGACCAUGACUACAAUUGUGCACGAGACUAUUUUCAUGAGCGGUGGCAAGACGAUUCCAUGGGUGCGUGUCCCUGGCCACGACCACGCAGCUAUUGGCUACGCUUUGGACUGCGGCGCCAGUAUCGUGGUGCCCCAAGUCGACACUGUCGAGCAGUGCAAGCACGUAGUUUCAGCAGCCAAAUACGGCACCAAGCAGAAUGGUACCCGAUCGGCGCCGCCUUUCCGCCUGGUCCCGGGCCUGACCGAUAUGCCGAUGAUUGGCAACGACAUCCACAAGUCACUCAACCAGCAGGCCGCCGUUAUGAUUCAGAUCGAAAGCCUAGAGGGUAUCAACAAUCUCGAUGCCAUGCUAACAGAAUGCCCCGAUAUCGAUGCCGUGUGGUUGGGUUCGUUAGAUGCUCGUAUUAGCAUGAACUUGGCCGGGAAUGGUGGAAUGGGCGGAUCCGAGCCAGAGUGGCAGGCUGCGGUCCAGAAGUUCGAAUCGACGCUAAAGAAGCACAACAAGCCGCGUGCCGGUUUUGGUUUCGGUCCGCAGAUCAAGGAAGUUGCGGAGAAGGGUUACUCAAUGAUUACUUACGAUGCGGAUGUGGUCCAUUUGGCUCAACUAGGACAGAGUUUCCAGGAAGCAAAGAAGUUGGUCGCCUUGUAA